UCUGAGCCUGAGAGGCACUGCCUGUAUGCCCUGGAUUCUGAAGGAUGGCUCUUGCUCACCAGAGCCUCACAAAGAUAAUCGCUCAGGAAGUGUUUCAGCCAAUCCCGGGCGGUUUUACACUCGGAUUUGCCGCGCCGGCCAAUCGGGGAUGAGCUUUUAUUAGGCGGCCAGAUCAUCAAGCCGAAGUGCCAAACCCUUUUUCUGUGAGAACUAGGAGCCUGUCCUCCAUGUUUUAUAAGUAUUGACAUUACACAGUGUUAACAAUGCAUCCACAGAGCUUGGCUGAAGAGGAAAUAAAAACAGAACAGGAGGUGGGAGAGGGCAUGGAUAUCUCCACUCGUUCCAAAGACCCUGGCUCCGCAGAGAGAACAGCCCAGAAGAGAAAGUUUCCUAGCCCUCCACAUUCUUCCAAUGGCCACUCGCCACAAGACACCUCCACAAGCCCCAUUAAAAAGAAAAAGAAACCUGGCUUACUCAACAGUAACAAUAAGGAACAGGAUGGACGAAAUGAUUUCUACUGCUGGGUUUGUCACCGGGAAGGACAAGUCCUUUGCUGUGAGCUCUGUCCCCGGGUUUAUCACGCUAAGUGUCUGAGACUGACUUCGGAACCAGAGGGGGACUGGUUUUGUCCUGAGUGUGAGAAGAUUACAGUAGCAGAAUGCAUCGAGACCCAGAGCAAAGCCAUGACGAUGCUCACCAUCGAACAGCUGUCCUACCUGCUCAAGUUUGCCAUUCAGAAAAUGAAACAGCCCGGGACAGAUGCAUUCCAGAAGCCUGUUCCCUUGGAACAACAUCCUGACUACGCAGAAUACAUCUUCCAUCCCAUGGACCUUUGUACAUUGGAAAAGAACGCUAAAAAGAAAAUGUAUGGCUGCACAGAAGCCUUCCUGGCAGACGCCAAGUGGAUCUUGCAUAACUGCAUCAUUUACAACGGGGGAAAUCACAAAUUGACUCAAAUAGCGAAAGUGGUCAUCAAGAUCUGUGAGCAUGAGAUGAAUGAAAUUGAAGUUUGUCCAGAGUGCUAUCUUGCUGCUUGUCAAAAACGAGAUAACUGGUUCUGUGAGCCCUGUAGCAAUCCACAUCCUUUGGUCUGGGCAAAACUGAAGGGGUUUCCAUUCUGGCCUGCAAAAGCUCUGAGGGAUAAAGAUGGGCAGGUUGAUGCUCGAUUCUUUGGACAACACGACAGGGCUUGGGUUCCAAUAAAUAAUUGCUACCUCAUGUCUAAAGAAAUUCCUUUUUCUGUGAAAAAGACGAAAAGCAUCUUUAACAGUGCAAUGCAAGAGAUGGAAGUUUACGUGGAGAACAUUCGCAGGAAGUUUGGGGUUUUUAAUUACUCCCCAUUCAGGACACCCUACACACCCAAUAGUCAAUACCAAAUGCUGCUUGAUCCCACCAACCCCAGCGCCGGUGCUGCCAAGAUUGACAAGCAGGAGAAGGUGAAGCUCAACUUCGAUAUGACGGCGUCCCCCAAGAUCCUGAUGAGCAAAUCCCUGCUGAGCGGGGGCCCUGGCCGCAGGAUCUCCCUGUCAGACAUGCCUCGCUCCCCCAUGAGCACAAACUCCUCCGUGCACACGGGCUCUGAUAUAGAGCAGGACCCCGAGAAGAAGGCCACGUCCAGCCACUUCAGUGCCAGCGAGGAGUCCAUGGACUUCCUGGACAAGAGCACAGCUUCUCCAGCCUCCACGAAGACGGGACAAGCUGGGAGCUUAUCGGGCAGCCCGAAACCUUUCUCACCGCAAGCGUCAACACCAAUCACCACAAAAAUGGACAAGGUGCCCACGACGGGAAGCAUCCUGAACCUCAAUCUGGAUCGAAGCAAAGCUGAGAUGGACCUGAAGGAGCUGAGCGAGUCGGUGCAGCAGCAGGCAGCCCCCAUCCCUCUCAUCUCUCCCAAGAGGCAGAUCCGGAGCAGAUUCCAGCUGAAUCUCGAUAAGACCAUAGAAAGCUGCAAAGCACAGUUAGGCAUCAAUGAAAUCUCAGAAGAUGUUUAUACGGCUGUAGAACACAGCGAUUCCGAGGAUUCGGAGAAGUCAGAGAGUAGUGAUAGUGAGUAUAUCAGUGAUGAUGAGCAGAAGUCCAAGAAUGAGCCAGAAGAGGCCGAAGACAAAGAGGGAAGUCAGAUGGACAAAGAGCCAUCAGCUGUCAAAAAAAAGCCCAAACUGGCAAGCCCUACCGUGGAAAUGAAAGAGGAGCUGAAGAGUGCAUCACCAGCCAGUGAGAAGGCGGACACGGACCUGGUCAAGGAAAAGUCCAGCCCUCAGCCCGAGAAAGAUUUUUCAGAGAAAGCCAAACCCUCACCUCACCCUGCCAAGGAUAAACUGAAGGGGAAAGAUGAGACGGAUUCCCCAACAGUCCAUUUGGGCCUGGACUCGGAUUCAGAGAGCGAACUUGUCAUAGAUUUAGGAGAUGACCAUUCUGGGAGGGAGGGUCGGAAACAUAAGAAGGAACCCAAAGAGGCAUCGCCCACUCAGGAUGUGGUAGCCAAAGCACCACCAUCCACGACGGCGGGCAGCCAGUCUCCCCCGGAAACGCCGGUCCUUACCCGCUCUGCCUCCCAAACUCCCACGGCUGGGGUCACCGUCACCACCAGCACCACGUCCACGGUCACGGCCCCAGCCACUGCCGCCACCACAGGAAGCCCGGUGAAAAAGCAGAGGCCGCUCUUACCGAAGGAGACUGCCCCGGCCGUGCAGCGGGUCGUGUGGAACUCAUCAAGUAAGUUUCAAACGUCCUCCCAAAAGUGGCACAUGCAGAAGAUGCAGCGCCAGCAGCAGCAGCAGCAGCAACAGCAUCAACAGCCGCAGCCUCUGUCUUCCCAGGGGACAAGAUACCAGACCAGACAGGCUGUGAAAGCUGUCCAGCAGAAGGAGAUCACGCAGAGUCCGUCCACUUCCACCAUCACCCUGGUGACCAGCACUCAGCCAUCAUCACUGGUCACUAGUUCUGGGGCCACCAGCACCUUGGCCUCCUCGGUUAGUGCGGACCUACCCAUCGCCACUGCCUCAGCUGACGUCGCUGCAGACAUUGCCAAGUACACUAGCAAAAUGAUGGACGCCAUCAAGGGCACGAUGACGGAAAUCUACAAUGAUCUUUCCAAAAACACUACCGGAAGCACCAUCGCUGAGAUCCGCAGGUUGAGGAUUGAGAUUGAGAAAUUGCAGUGGCUGCACCAGCAAGAACUCUCUGAGAUGAAACACAACUUGGAACUGACCAUGGCUGAAAUGCGACAGAGCCUGGAGCAGGAGCGGGACCGGCUCAUUGCCGAGGUGAAGAAGCAGCUGGAGCUGGAAAAGCAACAGGCAGUAGACGAGACCAAAAAGAAGCAGUGGUGUGCACACUGCAAGAAGGAGGCCAUCUUUUACUGUUGCUGGAAUACCAGCUAUUGCGACUACCCCUGCCAGCAGGCCCAUUGGCCCGAGCACAUGAAGUCCUGCACCCAGUCAGCCACGGCCCCUCAGCAGGAAGCGGAUGCUGAAGUGAACACAGAGGCACUAAAUAAGUCUUCCCAGAGCAGCACCUCCAGCACACAAGUGGCCACGCCUGACACAGCCAGUGCCUCUAAAGAGAAGGAGGCAGCCACUGAGAAGAGCAAGGACUCAAGUGGCUCAACCCUCGACCUUUCUGGCUCCAGGGAGACGCCCUCCUCCAUUCUCUUAGGCUCCAACCAAGGCACUGAGCACUCAAGGAGCAGCAAGUCCAGUGGCUGGAGCAGCAGCGAGGAGAAGCGGACCUCGGCCCGCGUCGAGCACAAUGCCACUUCGGGCACCAAGAGCCUCCUGCCCAAAGAGUCGCGGUUGGACGCCUUCUGGGACUAGGGACACAGCACGGUCCAAGAGGAGACCCCGGGACAUCAGGAGAGAGUGACAGGAUGGGUGGACAAUAUCCCCCACACCUUCUACACGGGAGCACCCCGUCCUCAGCCUCUACACCCCCGAGCCCUGCCCAGGGCGGUCCACACUACACACAUCACAUCCCUCCUUUGCCCUGAGCAGGACCAGGCAGCCGGGAACCCUCUGCUGUGCUGUAAAUGAUGUACAAUGGCUGUCGCUGACUCUAGAGUACCUUCCCCUUUUUAUAUUUGUAUCAACUUUAACUUAUAAAAAAAAGAAUUAAGAAAAACACCCACACCCACACCCACAAAAGGAAUGUUUAGAUGUUGGAGACGAGAUUGUCUCCACUCACUGGGGCUCCCAGUAGGCCAUAGAGUGCACUGACACGGGUCCCCCACAUCAAGCCAUGGCUCCCUCCAGAUGAUCCUUCAUCAGCGUUUUACAAAAAAGCAAGUGCUCUGGACCGAGGGACCCAGGGAGAAGCGAGUUUAUUCCGGGUGACUGAAGAUGACGCCUCUCCUGCUUAAAAGGGAAAACACAACAACAAAAAAAGAGGAACAUCUGUGUUUACAGAAGAGCAAGUGAAACAAGCUGAGAGACCAGUGAGAGGGGUGCGGGGGGAUUUGGGGGACAUGUGCAGAAACACAGAGAUCGUGGCUUUGCUCAUGGUCCCGUCUGCCACGCUCGCUCUGAGCAGCAGCCUUGCUUCUCGGAGCCAGAACUCGGGCAGUGCAUGCCGAGGCCCUCCAGCCCGGGAUGCAGCAUGUACGUAUUUGUGAUCCGAUGGGAUUUGAAUUUGUUCCUAAGCAUGACACAAAGCCGCGUGGGAGAGCGCCAGCACCCCGCCCCGCUCUGUACACUGCGUGCGCGGUAGUUCCAUUUUUCUAUGUCCUGUAAAAUGAUAAGCGUCGAACAAAGCCAGAGGUGAUGUAUGUAUAUGAGAAAAUUAAUUGUACGAUAUCAUUCCAGUACAUUCUGUUGUACAUUUUAGUCUCAUUUACUUUCUCUUCGUUGUUGAUAAGAAGAUGCGAACUGUACAGCUCCCAGCUAGUGGGCCGUUUUAGAGAAGAACCACAUCAAGUAUUAGAAGACCGGAGAGAAAGAACAUUCGUGCAUUGCAGUUGUCAAAGAAAACAAAAACAAAAACAAAAAAAAAAAAAACAAAAACAAAAACUAGCCUAGCUGGCCUUACUUGUGAGCAUAAUUGCUUUUAGCAUAUGGAAGUAUUUUUUCACAUUUUCUUUGUAUAAAAUUUGUAUUAAACUUAAAUAUCUUUU